GUGCGCUGUGAGAUUUUCCAAUUGUAAAAUAUAUGCCUUGGCUCCAGAAAGGCUGGAAGUCACUGCUCCAAGUAGACCCCAUCCUUCUUUAUCUCCCCCCUCCUCUUCUCCUUCCUCUUCCUCCUCCAGUGGGUGGGCACAGGCUGCAGGCUAAACUGUUCUCACUAACUUUGUGACACAAACAAAGUGAGAACGACGAAAACGAUGCUGCUGGUGCCUUUACUGCUUUUGUGCGGCGCUCGGUGCACGCUUGGACAAGUGGACGACUUCGAACAAGGAGACUAUGUUGAUGCCGACUUGGAUGACUUGGAUUUGGACAUCGCACCUCGCAGAGUUCCGCGACAGGUGAAAAACACCCUCAUGAAGGAGACGAGGCCUCACAUCCAGGAGCUGUCUGUCAACACCACCGUCAUCUCCCGCUACGCCUUCACAACGGUGCGCUGCGUCUUGCUCAACCGGCACGCCGCCGCCGGCGAGGGCGUCUUCCACUUUCCCGUGCCGGCCGGCGCGUUCGUUUCCAACUUCACCAUGAUCAUCGCAGGGCGGGUCUACCAGAGCCAGGUCAGGCCGAAGGAGAGGCGGAGGGUCAAGCAACCAGACGGCAAAGCUCGGUACAAAGAGUCAGGUGACACAAGUUCCGCGUUGGAGGUGGAGCUAUUCCGAAUGGCGGCCAGCAUUCCGGGAGGGAACCGGGCCGUCUUCCUGCUCACGUACGAGGAGCUGCUGCAGCGCCGGCUGGGCCGCUACGAGCACGUGACCAGCCUGCGGCCGUUGCAGCUGGUGAGCCGCCUCAGGGUGGACGUCACCAUCGUGGACCACUCGGCCAUCACCGCUCUGGAGGUCCUCCCUCUCCGGCGGAGCAGCGGGCCCAACCCGGCCAGAACGCCAGCCAAGACCGAGCCCCCCGUCACCACGACGGUCCGAAGGGAGAAGAACGUCUGCAAGAUCACCUUCAGCCCCAACAUUGUCCAGCAGGCCAAGAUCACCACCAACGGUAUCCUGGGAGAUUUUGUGAUCCGCUACGACGUCCAGAGGCAUAUGGGCAUCGGUGACGUGCAGGUUCAAAAUGGCUAUUUUGUCCACUACUUCGCACCCAAAGACCUACCGGCGGUGCCCAAGAACGUCGUGUUUGUGAUCGACACUAGCGCCUCCAUGCUGGGCACCAAGAUGAGACAGACGAAAGACGCCUUAUUCACCAUCCUGAGGGACCUGCGAGCCGUCGAUCACUUCAACUUCGUCAGCUUCUCCAACAAGAUCAGAGUGUGGCGUCCGAGUGGCCUCGUGCCCGUCACGCCGAUCAACAUCCGAGAUGCCAAGAAGUUUAUCUACACGCUCAUGCCCACUGGAGGCACCAACAUCGACGGCGCCAUCCAGAGUGGCUCGGCCCUGCUCCGCGACUACCUGUCGGGUGCCCACGCCGGCGCCAACAGCGUCUCGCUCAUCAUCUUCCUGACGGACGGGCGGCCCACGGUCGGGGAGUCGCAGUCCCCGGCCAUCCUGGGAAACACUCGCUCGGCCGUGCUGGACAAGUUCUGCGUCUUCACCAUCGGCAUCGGCAACGACGUGGACUACAAGCUUUUGGAGCGCAUGUCUCUGGAGAACUGCGGCACGAUGAGGCGGAUCCGCGAGGAGGCCGACGCCAGCGCCAUGCUCAAAGGGUUCUACGAGGAGAUCGGCACCCCGCUGCUGUCCGACAUCAGGAUCAACUACACGGCAGGCUCUAUGGACCACGUGACGCAGCACCUCUUCGCCAACUACUUCAACGGCUCCGAGAUGGUCGUCGCCGGCAAGCUGGGCAACCUGAGCUCCGAGUCGCUCCGCGUUCAGGUCACGGCCAGCAACAACGACAGGACGGUCGUCCUGGAGAGGGACGUGUCGCUCCGGCGCCGGGAGUCUGAGACGGAGAAGCGCGUGAAGGCGGCGGGGGCGGGAGUUCCCGGAUCAGGGGACGCUUUCAGUUGGCCGGCGGCGGACUUCGUGGAGCGCUUGUGGGGAUUCCUGACGGUCAAGGAGGAGCUUCGGUCGCGUCUGCGCAGCCGAACCAGCAAGGAGCGGCAAGAGCACAUCCAGCGGGCCACCGACCUCUCCCUGGCAUACCGCUUCCUCACGCCGCUCACCGGCAUGCUGGUGGACGAGCCCGAGGUCUUGGCAGACGGCAUCGCGGCGCCGACGCUCUCCGUCGGCGAGCGUGCAUCGGCGGCGGCCAACGUGGUGCCGGAUGAUGAAGACGACGGAAUGUUACGCAGGGAAGUUGACAGACAGAGUUUAACUCUCAGCAACAACAGGAGAGGUCGAGUUGAGAGGAGACCCACCAAGAAGUCUGUCACCAUCUCCAAAACAUCAGCGGACGGCGACCCUCACUUUGUGGUGGACUUCUCUCUCAGCAAGAUGGCCGUCUGCUUCAACAUCAACGGCGAGCCCGGUCACGUCCUCCGCCUGGUUUCCGAUCACAAAUUCUCCGGCGUGACGGUGAACGGCAAACUCAUCGGCGCUCCGCCCCCGCCGGGCAGCCACAAGCAUCAGCGCACGUACUUCAGCAGCAUCACCGUGGUGGUGGACCGCCCCCGCCGCGCCUACAUAGAGGUGACGCCCACCAAGGUCAUCCUGGACGGGCUGGACCGCCUGGUGCUGCCGUGCCACUCGACCGCCUCGGUGGAGAGCGGCGCGCUGUCGGUGGCGAUCGUCGGCGGGUCCAACGUGACCGUGAGCGUCGGCGCCAACGUCACUUUCGUCGUCCUGCUGCAUCGUUACAAGAACCCCGCGCCCUACCAGAGAGACCACCUGGGCUUCUACAUCCAAGACAGCGAGGGGCUCUCGCCGAGCUGCCAUGGCCUGCUGGGCCAGUUCCUGCAUGAGGAGGUGGGCGUGGUGGAAGGAGAUCCAAGUGAGAAUCCCUCGUCCGCGCUCCUCAAGGUGAGGGGCCGCUCGGUGCCGGUGGUCCGCAAGAGCCGGCGCAUCUACGGCGGCGCCCGGAGCGUGGAGUGCUGGUUCGCAAGGAACAACGGCGGCAAACUCCUCGACGGUCGCUACGAGGACUACGUGGCGACGCACAUGUUCGACACAGGUGAGGGGCAGCACGGGAGCAACUCAGCGUGAGGCCCCCCCACCCUUUCCCGCCAGACCGCCUCGGUCCAGGUACUCUUUACUUUCGGAAACGAGCUUUGGAUACCCUAGCAGAAAAUGCACACCGGGGUUUUUUUGGUAUCCUCUAGCAUUUUGGGAAAACUGCGUACACUGAUUCUAAGCAAAAGUUUCCAAGUAUCUUCGCUUCUUAUCUAUUUCUAUUGGACAUUUUUGUACUGUAAUCAUUUUACCGUUAUUUGUUAUGUUGUGUAAAUAAAAUGUUUAGAGUGGCGGUUCUCAACUGUUGUCAAAAUAAAUAAAUAAGGACAUUUCUAGGUGAUAUAACUAUCAUAAUUACUGUAAAUAUUUUGAUUUAAAAAAAAAAAAAAAAACAUUCAGACCAUGAAUAUGAAAUAAAAAACAAUUUUAAAAAUGGAAAAUGCCCACUUGUUCCACGUGUCCACAUAUUUUGACGCCGCCUAGCGAACUCGUUUGGAACGUUGUCGAUUGAAAAGCGAGGACCCCUUGUCAUUUUUUUGACUACCUGUCCGCCACCCACCAGUUGACAAAUCGUUUUUUGAGUCAGCCGAUACAUCUGUCAGCGUGUUCCGCUGACACCUGGUUGCCGUGGCAACCGGCCCUGCUAUCUCACCCCUCGAGGGAAGCGGGGCUGGGGGCCCGAUGACAAGAUGCACGCACUUGCUGCUCCUCCCUGUCAUCAGGCGGAGGUCGGGGGGCCGCCGGUCCCGCCCGCCACAGGUGUGCUGCCAGCUAAUGAGCUCCAUUUACGCCUCAAGGAAUUCACCAGCGCGCAGCCGUGUUCUUGCGUCGGUCGACUUUUAUUUUUGGCCACAGAUCAACCACAUACAUUCUGUAAGGAGCACCAUAGUGACCAGUCCCAGAGAUCAGAUAUAAAAGAGAAAAAAACAAAACAUUCAAAAGGCUAAAUCAGAAAAUAAAAUGACACAUUUUGUCCAACUUAACAACAGUAAUAACAAUGCUUUGUAAAGUUCAAGUUUUAAAGGUUAAUAACUGUAAUAUAAAAGUCAAUUACACACAACGCGAAUAAAUACAAGAUACAAUAAUCAUAAGACGGUCAUUUGGAAUAAAAGUUCUAAUGUUAGCUUAGCUUAAUGUGUAUUGAAACUAAGCUACUGUUGAGUGGCUCGCAAACAAAUGCUAUAAAAUGUGCAACAACUACCACAGUGCUCUGUAGUUGUGUGAAGCUAAGCGAACAUUCGUGUCGUGUGACAACCUCAUCAAUGUCUACAUACAAAUUUUGCCAAAUAUUGGACUUUUCUGGCAACAUUAAGCUUGUUGAUUU